AGAGAAGGAGAGAGGGAGUGGAUGCAGGGCGCACAGUCGCAAGACCUCUACCCUCUUGCACCCUAGAGAGAUGGGAGGGAGACUGACUACUCUAGCUCCGGAAUUGCUUGCGUUCUGGGGAAUAAUAUAAGGAAGGCGGCACCUAGAUUCAGGAAGAAUAGGGAGACAGUCCUCCCAGGCAGAGAAGCCUCGUGUGUUUUGCCUGAGAGGAUCCCCUGCCACCUCCACAGCCCGGGAAUAAACAAGGGUGUGCCUUUGGGUUCCAGGCGCAGUCUUAGGGCUGUUACACACCCUCACCCUUUUGCCCCAGGCUCAGGCGUCUGAAUGUACUAAAUGCAAAGAGAAGAGCUAGGACUUUCCUUUGAGCCCAGAGGGAGGACCAGCAUCCCACAGGAACCUUUAUCCUGGGCUGGCCGGGCAGGCACAGUUCUAGGAGCUGGAGGACCAGUGGUGAACAAAACAGAAAAGAAUGGGCCCAACGGGGAGACAAUGAACAAACGCCAGGGGUGGGCUUGGAACGGUGGUACACGGCCACACGCCUCGACUGGGAGGAGGCCUUCGCGCUGCCUCCUCUUGUGACGUCACUGGACUGUGACGUCACGGCAAGAAGCUCCAGCUCCUCCAGCCCCCGAGCCCCCGUCUCGCAGUAACAUCGCGGCGGGUGCCGAGGCAGCUGGCUGGGCCAUGAAACCUUAGGAGGCCAUGUCGAAACGCGACGUCAUCCUCACCAAUGUCACCGUUGUCCAGCUCCUGCGACAGCCGUGCCCAGUGACCAGAGCACCACCCCCACCGGAGCCCCAGCCAGUCAAAGAGCAAGUCCCACCACCUCCGCCUCCUGCACCUAAGGUUUCUGUGGUUCGGGAGCUGACUGUUGGCAUCAAUGGAUUUGGACGCAUUGGUCGCCUGGUGCUGCGUACCUGCUUGGAGAAGGGUGUUAAGGUGGUAGCAGUGAACGAUCCAUUCAUCGACCCAGAAUACAUGGUGUACAUGUUUAAGUAUGACUCCACCCACGGCCGAUACAAGGGGAGCGUGGAAUACAGGAAUGGACGGCUGGUCGUCGAUAACAAUGAGAUCAGCAUCUUCCAGUGCAAGCAGCCCAAAGAAAUCCCCUGGAAGUCCGUCGGGAACCCCUUUGUGGUGGAGGCCACAGGCGUGUACCUGUCCUUAGAGGAAACUACAGCCCACCUUGAGGCAGGUGCCCUGCGUGUGGUCAUCUGUGCGCCCUCUCCAGAUGCACCCAUGUUUGUCAUGGGGGUGAACGAAAAGGACUACAACCCCGGCUCCAUGAAAAUUGUCAGCAACGCAUCCUGCACCACCAACUGCCUGGCCCCCCUCGCCAAGGUCAUCCACGAGCGAUUUGGGAUUGUGGAAGGGCUGAUGACCACAGUCCAUUCCUACACUGCCACCCAGAAGACAGUGGAUGGGCCAUCAAAGAAGGCCUGGCGAGACGGACGGGGUGCCCACCAGAACAUCAUCCCGGCCUCCACGGGGGCUGCCAAGGCCGUGGGCAAAGUCAUCCCAGACCUCCAAGGGAAGCUGACGGGAAUGGCGUUCCGAGUGCCAACCCCAGUCGUGUCUGUUGUGGACCUGACCUGCCGCCUGGCCCAGCCUACCCCGUACUCAGACAUCAAGGAGGCCAUAAAAGCAGCAGCCAAGGGGCCCAUGGCUGGCAUCCUUGCCUACACUGAGGAUGAGGUCGUGUCCACGGACUUUGUUGGCGAUACCCAUUCGUCUAUCUUUGACGCUAAGGCCGGCAUCGCGCUCAACGACAACUUCGUGAAGCUCAUUUCCUGGUACGACAACGAAUAUGGCUACAGCCACCGAGUGGUGGACCUUCUCCGCUACAUGUUCAGCCGAGACAAGUGAAGCAGACUGGCCCGCCUCUGUUUCCCAGUGCUCCCGGGCCGGUACCCGUCUCUCCCGUCCCCGCCCUCGGCCCCCCGGGGGAAAGAGGGGCCCGCGCCGCUGGGCCAACGGUGAAAUAAAAACCUAGAGUGCUCACA